AGGGGAGAAAAAGAACCCAAGAGAACUUUGGAUAAUCUCUAUCGAAAAAGUGAAAAGAAUAAAAAAGAGAACGACACUCCACAAAUUUUCCACACACAAGUAAAUCACUCCUCAUCUUCUCUCCCUCUCUCUCCUCCUCUCUCUCUCUCUCGCGUGCUCUCCGAUUCCACUGAAACCCUAAGGCCGGAGCGUCGGGUUUCUCCCCUCCCUUCCCCUACUCCUUUCCUCUAAAACCCUAGCUCGUUACUGAUCCUUCACUGUUAUUCCACAAAUUCUAGGGUUUCUCUCUCGAAUCUCUCUGCCCUCUCUCGAAAAUUCGCCUCCUCCUGCAUCAGAAUCCCAGAGGGAGGACGCGUUUCAGAGAGGAUCGAGGAGGGGAGAAAUGGCCAUGUAUAAAGAUCGAUUGUUAGGUGGAUCGAAGGUGGAGGUGGGGUUUGUUGAUCGGAAACGCGUGGAAGAAGCAGUGGACAAGCACUUGGAGGAGCCGUCGACAUCGGCGGGGAAGCAGCUGGAGCACGGCGACCAGCGCCACUCCUCUCUCUCCGAGAACAGGAAAUCUGAAGUUGAAUCGGUAUCAUACAGUGAAGAUUCAGACUUUAGUAGCUAUGACGGAGGAGAUGCCUCUUGGAUUACAUGGUUCUGUAGCCUAACCGGGCACGAGUUUUUCUGUGAAGUUGAUGAGGAGUAUAUACAAGAUGAUUUCAAUCUUUGUGGGCUUAGCGCUCAAGUUCCUUAUUAUGAUUAUGCUCUCGAUUUAAUCUUGGACAUCGAGUCUUCUCAUGGUGACGAUAUGUUUACAGAAGAACAAAAUCAAUUGGUAGAAUCUGCUGCAGAGAUGUUAUAUGGUUUAAUUCAUGCUCGUUAUAUCUUGACCAGUAAAGGGAUGGCUGAAAUGCUGGAUAAGUUCAAGAACUACGACUUUGGAAGAUGCCCUCGAGCAUACUGCUCUGGCCAGCCUUGUCUUCCUGUAGGUCAAUCAGAUGUUCCUCGAUCCAGUACCGUGAAGAUAUAUUGUCCCAAGUGUGAAGACAUAUAUUAUCCAAGGUCAAAGAAGCAAGGCAACAUUGAUGGAGCUUAUUUUGGGACGACUUUUCCUCACCUUUUUCUGAUGACAUAUGGGCAUCUCAAGCCACAGAAGCCAUCACAGCGCUUGAUCAUGGGCUUACAGCUAGCACUGCCAUAAGAGAUUGCAAAUUGGGAUGCUCUCGAAGUUAGUUGUGACUUGCAAUUCUGAAGAUUCUGGUGAUUUCUAGACCAUGUAUUAGAGUAUGCUACCUUUUAGUUUCAUGGGAAUCAGAUAUUGCUUUCUUCAACCUUUGCUAGAAUGCUCUUUUUCCCCCCUUUUACCUGUGCAGUCAGUUUAUUCAAUUAAUAUUUCACCCAUUAAAACUAUCUUUCUGUGUGGACUUGGUUUUUUUUUUUUUCCUUCUUUUUUCUUCUGCAUGCAAUUAUAUCUCUGGCCUUCUUGUCAUACAUCAUGGAUCAGUGAUGCGAUUGCAAAAUACAGAAAAUUCAAGAACCUGAUUGCGAAUGCUCAAGGAUCCACUAUUUCUACACUAUAUCUUCUAAAUUUAACAUUUUUGUUUCUUUAUAUUCAACAUGUGGUUUUCAUCUUCGCAAUCCUGUGGUCCUGAUAUUGUCUGCUCAAUUUGGUGGAUAAUGCUUUUGAUAGUGCUCUCCAGUGGGAAGAUCCCUUUACUGCAUUGGCACCUGAAAGUUUUUGUUUAGUAUCAUGUCCUACCUGUUGGUUAACAAUUGUGGAAACCUCUUCAGCUAUUGGCUAUUUUGAAAUAGGUUCUCCACUUAUAUUCGUUGGUGGGCGUUCUCUCAGCUUUCGACUUGUUUUUAUGAAGUAAUUUAAUUUUUACCAUUUGAAUAGGAAAUUCUGUUGUAUUUUAUACUUAUUUUGUCAAAUUUGACUGCUCCGUCCAUGUCUUAGGUGAUGAAACUCUGGGUUUUGCUUAACAGCUAAUUUAGCCAUAGCUAAAGGAACCGUUGACUUUAAACGGAGCGUGCCCAUCAAAGCAAUAAAAAGGUAACACGCAGAUUACGAAAUGGCCUUUAGUUGUGGGGAUCUCUAUACAUUUGUACCCGCUCUUCUUUUUUCGUGCCCCACCCGCCCACCUGCCCCCCUCUUCCUUUUUACUCCUCUUUCCCUCUUUCCGUUUUACUCCUCUCAAAGACAUGGAAGCCUUAUCUGGUAUGGGUUUGAUAUAGUGGAGGCGUCAACAUUUUACUCGAAAAUGAGCUCUAUAAUAUGUACAUGGAUGUCCGCAGGGUUAAUCUAGGGGACAAUGUGAGGAUUCUGAGUUUAAACAAAUCCUUCUAGGUUGAAAUCUUGACUUGAGAUGGAGUUGUUUACGCCAGCUUUUUGUUUUUUGUGUUUUUCCUUUUAUAUUUCGCGGUGAGAGUUGAAUUUGCUCAACAAUGUUCUGUGUUGUGGUCUACAGAAUCUAUUGGUUUUGCUCUAAUAGGCUAAGAUAAUUUAUUCAA